AACAUUUUAUUAAAACGUGUCUCUGUAUUGGCCCAAAGGCACAGAGGAGAAUCCAAGUAUUAGUGAGCUUCCUUCUCAGUGCUUUAACGGGUUGUGUUUUGGCAGAAACUGUAUUGGGUGUAGGGGGAUUUCUUUAACUUUUCUUUGCUAUUCCACCGCUUGUUUACUUACAAUUUUAUUUUAAUCUUCUUACCUUUUAUAUAUUUUUUCUUUAUAUAUUGAGUUUUAAAGGGCAUGAUUUCAUACAGAGGAGUGGUAGUGCUGGCACAGCACAUACACAGCCCUUGGAAGGUGGGUUUGGACAUCUACCCAAGGCAGGAAGGGUGUAUCCACCUAAUUCUUUCUCUCCCCAUCUGUAGUCCGUCUGCGGACUGAGUGACCCUAAGUAAAUCCCAAGCCUGGCAGUUCUCUUUCCUCGGGGCCUGGGAGCUCACAUACCUAUCCCAGUAUCUUUCAAGGAAGUUGUCUCAAGUAUGUGGGUCAUCUGUAAAUUCUUGCAACCCCCACCCCAAUUACCAUGGAGACGGUGCAUCCUGUUUUGUGAGCCCAUUGCAUUCACCUAUCUGCCCCUCUCCUGUGUCCACAAAGCUCAAGGGGCCUCACCCAUCAACUGCAGACUCCAGGGCUAGUCUGGAGCUUGCAGGCCCCAGCGAAGCAACAGUAGUGCCAGACCCCUGCUGCUUAGGAAUGUGUCAGCCUGUGGCUCUUGUCUGCACUGCAGAUACAACCCAGAGACCGGUAACCAGGGCCACUGCUCUGGAUUACAAGCUAAAAAUCUGAAAUUGCUCCUACACUAAAUGUUGGAAAAUGCCUUUCAAGUCUCCUAGACCUUUUGUGCAUUCAGUAUAUGUUGGGUGUAAGUGUAUACUAAAAACAUGCAAAUGAGCUAUAAGAAAAUAGUGCUAACUAUUCUCACUCCUUGCCAACAUAAUUACCUUCAUAUGUAGAAAAUAAUCACUAUAUAAACUGAUCAUUGCAGAAAAACCCCGACUAUUCAUGGGUAGUUUGGAGCCAGUGGUUUUAAGUUUAGAAAUUACAAUCGCUUCUAUCAUCGAGGGACUUAGAUUUUUAUAACACUAACUAGGAGCUACAUUUCCGUGUGAAUGGGGUUUCUUUGCUCGAAUUCAUAGGCUAACAUCAUACUUGGAGUCUUAAAACCUGACACUUUUAUGUUGUCGGUCUCAGAAGGUAGAUGGGUGGAGUGGUGGGGCACUGACUCCUUCAAACCUUGGGCUAUCUCGGACGGGAUAACAAUUGCCCACCUGCUCCUACACGUGCUUAGAGCACGGGAAAGAAGGGUAAAAAUAAAACGGGAAACUGCCAGGACUUAAGAUGUCUGGUCAAAGCCACUUCGCUCUCCCAGGAAGAGCCUACCCGCUUCCAAAAUGUCCUCCCGCAGUUCUGACGACACUCGGUCGGCUUCAUUAAGCCGGAAAGCCAGUGAUCCAAUCAGGUCUCAGUUCCCUCACCCACUGCCCUUCAUUUACGUCACUUCCGGUGGUGCAGCAGCCAUUUUGUCAGUCGCCAGUGGAUCCCGCGCGCUGGAGAAGUGCAGUUCCCCCUGGUUACUAACUCGUCAAUUCUCCCUUCGCGCUGCGGGCGCCGGGGCGCCGUCGAAGAGCACUCACCACAGACAUAGCCGUUCCUCCCUAUAGUGUAGCUGCUGCUGUUACAUCCGCUUGGAGCUAGUGCGUUGUCUUCCUCCCCCGCCACUGACAGGCGCCCUCAGGGAGCCGCCGUCAGCGAUGUCAAGCGAGGAAAGCUACCGGGCCAUCCUGCGCUACCUGACGAACGAGUGCGAGCCGUACGCGCCGGGCACCGAGGGCAAUGUCAAGCGUAAAAUCCGCAAAGCGGCCGCCUGCUACGUGGUGCGCGAUGGGACCUUGUACUACCAGCGGCGGCAGCGGCACCGCAAGACCUUCGCGGAGCUGGAGGUGGUGCUGCAGCCUGAGCGGCGCUGGGGGCUCAUCGAGGCGGCGCACCUGGGCCCGGGCGGCACUCACCACACCCAGCAUCAGACCUGGCACGACUUGUCCAAGACGUACUGGUGGCGAGGUAUAUUAAAGCAAGUCAAAGAUUACAUUAAACAGUGUAGCAAAUGCCAGGAGAAACUAGAUCGCUCCCGUCCAAUAUCAGAUACUUCAGAAAUGUUAGAAGAAUUGGGAUUAGACCUUGAAUCUGGAGAAGAAAGUAAUGAAUCAGAGGAUGACCUGAGCAACUUUACUUCACCUCCAGCUACAGCCUCCAAGCCUGCAAAAAAGAAGCCAGUAUCCAAACAUGAACUUGUAUUUGUUGACACCAAAGGAGUAGUGAAACGUUCUUCUCCAAAACAUUGUCAGGCUGUCUUAAAACAGCUGAAUGAACAGAGACUCUCCAACCAGUUCUGUGAUGUUACUUUGUUAAUUGAAGGAGAAGAGUACAAAGCUCAUAAAUCUGUUUUGUCAGCUAACAGUGAAUAUUUUCGAGAUCUCUUUAUUGAGAAAGGAGCUGUUUCCAGUCAUGAGGCAGUGGUGGAUCUUUCUGGUUUCUGUAAGGCCAGCUUCCUUCCUUUACUGGAAUUUGCCUAUACUUCUGUGCUAAGUUUUGACUUCUGUAGCAUGGCUGAUGUAGCCAUCUUGGCUCGGCAUCUUUUCAUGUCAGAAGUUUUAGAAAUCUGUGAAAGUGUACAUAAACUAAUGGAAGAGAAGCAGCUAACAGUAUAUAAGAAGGGCGAAGUACAAACAGUUGCAUCUACUCAGGACUUACCUGAACAAAAUGGAGGUACAGCACCACCUGUGGUUAGCAAUGAAGGAACCACAACAACUUUAUCUACUGAACUUGGGGAUUGUGAAAUUGUCCUGUUGGUGAAUGGAGACUUGCCAGAAGCUGGGCAGAAUGGAGAGCUAGGGCAACAACCUCAGCCCCAGGUUUCUUCAGAGGUGGAAACCACUCUGUCACCUCCACCUGUAGGCUGUAUGACUGAUUCCCAACCUGAAAUGGAGUCUGUUGAUUUAGUAACAAAAAACAACCAGACAGAACUAGAAACUUUAAACAGCAGAGAAGAUAGCACAGUUUCUAAUAUUUAUCCAAAACUUUCAAAAGAGAAUAUAACCAGCAGCUCUGCAGAAAACAGUGAGAUGGGAAAUGAUACAUCAAUUGAGGAUGUCUGUGAUGAAGACAUUCCAGAGAAUAGGCAGAACCUUGGCCAAUCUUUAAAAGAUCAGGAAAAUCUAGUCGCAAAGACAAACCUUGGCCCUGAUGAUGAUACUUACAGAAGCAGGCUUCGACAGCGUUCUAUUAAUGAAGGGGGAUAUAUCCGACUUCACAAAGGAAUGGAGAAAAAGCUGCAAAAACGGAAAGCCAUUCCCAAGUCAGCAGUUCAACAGGUGGCCCAGAAAUUAGUUCAAAGAGGGAAAAAGAUGAAACAGCCAAAAAGGGAUGCUAAAGAGAAUACUGAAGAAGAAGCAUCUCAUAAAUGUGGAGAAUGUGGAAUGGUUUUUCAGAGAAGAUACACCCUUAUAAUGCACACACUAAAACAUGAAAGAGCUAGAGACUACAAAUGUCCGUUGUGUAAAAAACAGUUUCAGUACAGUGCCUCCUUGCGAGCACAUCUUAUUCGACAUACCAGAAAAGUUGCGCCCACUUCAUCCUCUUCCAAUUCCACAUCUACUGAGGCAUCAGGAACAUCGUCUGAGAAGGGCAGAACCAAACGAGAAUUUAUAUGUUCCAUAUGUGGAAGGACAUUACCUAAAUUAUAUUCUCUUCGAAUACAUAUGUUAAAGCACACUGGUGUAAAGCCACAUGCAUGCCAGGUUUGUGGAAAGACUUUCAUCUACAAGCAUGGUCUAAAAUUACACCAGAGUCUCCAUCAAUCACAAAAGCAGUUCCAAUGUGAACUAUGUGUUAAGUCAUUUGUUACCAAACGGAGUCUUCAAGAACAUAUGAGUAUUCACACAGGGGAGUCCAAGUACCAUUGCUCAGUUUGUGGAAAGUCUUUUCACAGGGGCUCUGGACUCAGCAAGCACCUAAAGAAACACCAGCCAAAGCCUGAGGUUCGAGGCUAUCAUUGUACUCAAUGUGAAAAAAGUUUCUUUGAAGCUAGAGAUCUUCGCCAGCACAUGAACAAACAUCUUGGUGUGAAGCCAUUCCAGUGCCAGUUUUGUGAUAAAUGCUAUAGUUGGAAGAAAGAUUGGUAUUCCCAUGUGAAGUCUCAUUCUGUCACUGAGCCUUACAGAUGUAAUAUAUGUGGCAAAGAAUUUUAUGAAAAAGCGUUGUUCAGAAGGCAUGUGAAGAAAGCUACCCAUGGGAAAAAAGGGAGAGCAAAGCAAAACCUGGAACGGGUGUGUGAACGCUGUGGAAGAAAAUUCACUCAGCUGAGAGAGUAUAGGAGACACAUGAACAACCAUGAAGGGGUUAAGCCAUUUGAAUGCUUAACAUGUGGAGUAGCUUGGGCUGAUGCCCGAUCCCUAAAACGCCAUGUCAGAACACAUACUGGUGAGCGGCCCUAUGUCUGUCCGGUAUGUAGCGAAGCCUACAUAGAUGCUCGAACACUCCGUAAACACAUGACAAAAUUCCACAGAGAUUAUGUGCCUUGCAAAAUUAUGCUGGAAAAAGAUACCCUUCAGUUUCAUAACCAAGGAACUCAAGUGGAGCAUGCUGUGAGCAUCUUAACAGCAGACAUGCAGGAACCUGAAAGCAGUGGUCCUCAAGAACUUGAGACUGUGGUAGUGACAGGAGAAACUAUGGAAGCUCUGGAAGCCGUUGCAGCUACCGAAGAGUAUCCGUCUGUAUCUACACUUUCUGACCAAAGUAUUAUGCAAGUGGUUAAUUAUGUGUUGGCACAACAGCAAGGACAGAAGCUCUCUGAGGUUGCAGAAGCUAUUCAAACUGUUGAAGUAGAGGUGGCACAUAUUUCAGAAGCAGAGUGAAUAUAGUAAUGGAGAUUGAAAAAGUGCCAUCUCAUGUAUACUGAACUCACAGAACAUUUGUUUACAGUACUGUGUGUCUCUCCACAGGGAGUUUUUAUGUCAAGACUCUGGGCUGUUCGGUGAUGUUUCAACAUUUCUGAAUGGUUUGUCUGGGUUCUGUAGAAAAGUCCAUUUACUUUAAAGGAAUUGAAAGCAAAUCUGUUUGAUAGCAGUGGUUUAUCAUGGUAUACUUUUUUUGAAUUGUUUGUAAAGGACUGUAGUAAAUGAAAAACUACAUUUUCAUUUGCAUUUUGACCUUAUUAUAUACUUUGAGUUUAAAAGGCAGCACCAAUCAGCUUUUCUUCAUUUUUAUUCUCAAAAUAUAGAAGUUUUGUGAUUUCAUUUGCCAUUAUGGAUUUUAAAAAUUUUAAUAUAAAGCAUUUUAGUAGGAUGCAUAGGUAUAUUACAUUUUUUAAAUGCUUCAGAUCUGUGAUUCUUGACUUACUAUUUAUUUUAAGCCCUUAUAAGUCAGGGAUUCUUUAUUUAAAGCACUUAAUGUUGUAAUCAAGUUUGCACAAUAUUCUUAUCUAUCUGAGGAACCCUUAAAUGAAUAGCUGAUUUUUUAAAUGCCAUUAAAAUGCAUGAAAUGCCUAUUAAAGCCUUACUGUAUUAUCUCCUCAAGGCAAGUAAAUUGACCAUGAGCAAAGAACCCCGUUAUUAAGUACUGUGGAUGGGAAAUUCCUCCUUGAUAACAUAGGGACAACACAUGGGAGGGAAGUAAGGAUCUCAUUCUUUUACUGACGAAUGACAAGUUAAAACUAGGUUUGGUAUGUUUGCAGCUUUUGUAUCAUGUUUAAUUGUUCAAUUUUGUUGAAAAACUGCAUUUUAGAAAUAGGAUAACAAUAUAGAUAUCUACAGUGGUCCUGUAGAUACCAUAUAAUUGUCAAGUAAUUUCAGAAUUCUGGAAAGUCUUUAAUUUAGCCCUUAUUAUAGUAUACUACUUAAAAGAAGUUAAUUGAUUAUGGUCUACCAACUUGUUGAAAGUAAAUUAUUUUUAAAAGUUACCUGAGAAUUAUAUUAAUUUGCGUGUCUGCUUUUUAAAUUCCCACCUCUUUAAGCUGUCCAAUUUUCUGAUUGUUAAAAUAACCAUGGGGAGAUGCCAUAUUUCUCUCCUGGAAAACUACCACUCAAGCUAUAAUUGUUAAAAGUAAACUUUUAAGUAUUAAAAGCAAAUAUAAGGUAUAAACAAGAUAUAAGUAAAUCAAAUGUAAAUCAUUCCUAAAGCACAAGAAAAGAAUGUGCCUUGAUGUAUAUAUAUUAAGAUACGCGUACUUAUUUCAUUUACUUUAAAAAUGGCUUAAUAGAAAAAAGAAUAAAUGUGAUGCCAUGCAUGCAUUAUACCUGCAUAUGUAAUAUUUGCAUUUGCAAAUUUCUUAUUUCAAUACCUGUGUGGCUGACUUUCAAUUUGAAGUGAAUUGACAUACAGUCUAUGACUUUAUAAUGGCUGUUUGUUUAUUGUAUUUUUCAGUUAGUGAAAAUGUAUUUCAACCUGACUAAAAUUUGGAAUUGUGUCCUUUAUGUUCCAUCCUCACCAUUGUUAUUAGAUUUAGUUAAUUGUAUAUGACCAUUAAUGUAUGUCAUAAAUAUGUAAAUAAAAGAUGUUGAAUCUUGUUUUAAAAGCAUAA